CCGGGUCCUGGGGGGAGUCCUCCCCGGUCCCGGUCCCGGUCCCGCGGGGGCACCGAGGUGGGAGGCGCCGCGGGACGGAGCGGCCCCACCUCCCCCGGCAGCGCCGGUGGCGGGCGCCCCCUGGCGGCCAGGCGGCGCGGGGCGGACUGCGUUUCCCGUCGGCCAGUGCGGCGGUCACAUGACCGGGGCGGGCGGAAGAUGGCGGAGCAGCCCGGCGGCGCGGCCGAGGACGCGUGGGGGAAGGUGGACGCGACCUACAGCGACAAUGGCCUGGACUCGGCGCUCUUCAUGGAGAACGCGCGGAAGAGCAGCAUCGUGUCCCGGGCCAACAGCAUCGGCUCCACCAGCGCCUCGUCUGUCCCCAACACAGAUGACGAGGACAGCGAUUACCACCAGGAGCCCUACAAGGAGUCGUACAAGGACCGGCGCAGGCGGGCGCACACGCAGGCGGAGCAGAAGCGGCGGAACGCCAUCAAGAAAGGAUACGAUGACUUACAGGCCAUCGUGCCCACCUGUGAGCAGCAGGAUUUCUCCAUUGGCUCCCAGAAGCUGAGCAAGGCUAUUGUCCUCCAGAAAACCAUCGACUACAUCCAGUUCCUGCACAAGGAGAAGAAGAAGCAAGAGGAGGAAGUUUCUACCCUCAGGAAAGACGUGAUGGCCUUGAAGAUCAUGAAAGUGAACUACGAGCAGAUUGUGAAAGCUCAUCAGGACAACCCGAACGAGGGGAAGGACCAGGUCUCCGACGAGGUGAAGUUCAACGUUUUCCAAGGCAUUAUGGAUUCCCUGUUCCAGUCCUUUAACGCUUCCGUCUCCGUAACGAGUUUCCAGGAGCUCUCGGCUUGCGUCUUCAGCUGGAUCGAGGAGCAUUGCAAGCCCCAGACGCUGCGGGACAUCGUGCUCAGGGUCCUGCACCAGCUCAAGAGUCAACUCUAUGGAAACUUCCCCCUGCAGCGCCAGCAGCUCCGGGGCUGCCGCCGCCUCCACAGCCGCGGGGACGGGCCACCUCCUGCCCGGGGGCCUCGGUGACGGGCGUCGGGAAGGGCCGGGCCGGCUCCCUUGCGUACGUUCCUAAAGCUUCUCUGAAUUAUUUAUUGUAUUAACUACGCAACCCAAAGGAGGCUGCGCAGCCACCUCUGCCCCGCAGGUGCUGUCGGUCAAUAUUACCAAAUAUUUGUAGGGACUUAGUGGGGGGAAAAAAAAGGUGUGUUUUAAGGUCUUUUUCAGCGCCAGAGAGUCCCUGGCGCAGGCGGGCGCGCUGGGCUCGCCUGUGUCACCGACUCUCUCCGCUGUCACCUCAGGCCUCCAGUCCGACCCCUUCUGCUCCCAGGGAGGGGGAAUGAAACCAGAACGUGUGCGAAAAGCUGCUGGUUCCUGUUAAAACAGACGCAGAAUGGGCCUCUCCUGUAAAUGGGGGUUUCUUGUACCUCCCUCUGAAGGGGCUCUUAUGGGGCACGUGUUUUUUGGGGGGUUGGGGGAAGGACGAGCCAGGGAGAUGCUGGGCUUGCUGAAACUUGAUUGUGCUGCAGCCAUGGGUCCCCUGAAGGGGAACGAGUGAGGUUUCUGUUCUGUUCUCCUGCCUGUGCUGGGAGGGCUGAGCCGCGUCCGGCUUCUUCUCCUCGGGUUUUGGUGCCGCUUGCGCUGCCCGGGGAUGCAGUUCAGCAGCUGCCACUGCCACAGGCUCCUGCUGCUCCUCCCCAGAACCUCUCUGUAUCCACGUGUACAUAACCAGCCUUGAUUUGAGUUUUAUUUUUAUAAAUCACACAAAUUAUCCUGAAGCGUUAUCAGUGUUGGCUUUGCAGAGGCGCUCGGGUCACUUUUCAACCUGCUCAUGCUGGGGUUCCAGACCUUGGUGCAGCUGCCGCCCCGGUGACACCACGCAGGGUUCGUUCUGUCACCCUGUUCGUGCUCCCGCUCCGGGGACAGCAGAUUAUUGUUUUAUUGUUUGUUUUAUUGGUAUUUUCCACUGUCGAUGAGGCACCGCUCGGCUCCAGGCUGCGUGAACGCUGCAGUGCGAAUGUUUGAACUCCUCCUUCUACCCACGUUUAGCAGCAGAAAACCCCUCCGGGGGGUGAUUUUAUACAAAAUGAUGCAUUAAAGGCCACACUUGGGUGUCCUUUCCGAUGCAGCGGAGGCCUCAGAGGUCAGUCUGCGGUGACACACGGCCACGAUGAACCAGCAGCUGCGUCUCGCCCGGAAGAUGUUGCUUUGUGAGGAAGAAAAUCCUCUCGGGGAGGGGAGCGGGGGCACGGAGCAGAGCCGCUGCUCUGCGGGGACUUUUACAGACCUCACAUCUAAAAGCAACGUAUUUUUCUAUUGUGAAAAGUAAUUAAAUAAAUUUUGCUGAAUGUUUUAAUGAUUUUCGGCCUUUAUUCCUAGAGCUGGUCAGAGACUGACAGGCCGUUUCUGCUGCGCCCCACCGAUACACUUUAAACAGAGAAAAACGCCACAGCAAAGCAGAGCUGAACCAAACCGCGCUGUUUAAUGGAGCACGUUCUCCUGUAUCGCUCUGUCGCCCCGGGGGAAGCAGCUGGAGCAGAGGCAGAGCUCUGCAGCAGGAACACGCACAAGUUUACUCCACUCGCUGAGGCAAUCACUUCAUUUUCUUGCUUGGAACACCAGGAACUUUACCCCAGUGCACUUACACCUCCCCCAAGGACAGGCGACCUCCGCAGCAAACUGCGCGGAAGGGCAGGAAAAUAUAACGUUCCUUGUGCCAGCGAGAGGGCUCAGUGUUGGGUUUUACUCACCCCAACUGCAAAGCAUUUUAAACCAAACCCAUAUAAAUACACGGGACCAGCCCAAGCCCUGAAAAAAAGAGGGAAAAUACAUCCCAAGAGCUGAGUUUCAGCAUCAGCGGCGUCUCCGUGGGGCAAGGACCCCCCGGGCGCCUCACACAGCCGCGGGCAGCGCGACGUUGUGCUCCUCGUCCGUCUCGAUCCCGACCUCCUC